AUGGAGGGGCUCACGUUUAAUAUCAAUGGCGGCUACUUAGAGGGCGUCGUGAGAGGGUAUAAAAACUCAAUGCUCACCCCAACAAACUACCAAGCGCUGACGCAGUGCGAAAAUCUGGAGGAUCUCCGCAUGCAAUUGUCAGCGACGGAUUAUGGCAACUUUCUUGCGAAUGAGCCAUCGCCUCUCGCCACCUCCGCCAUUGCUCAUCGUGCUACUCUCAAGUUGGUUAGUGAGUUCGAGUACCUUCGCGACAAUGCAACUGCGCCUCUGAGCAAGUUCCUUGACUACCUAACUUAUUCGUACAUGAUCGACAAUGUUAUUCUGCUGAUCACCGGUACAUUACACGGCCGCGACACGCACGAGCUACUGGACCGGUGUCACCCGCUUGGAUGGUUCGACACUCUCCCGGCACUGUGCGUCGCGACCAACGUCGAAGAGUUGUAUCGCACCGUAUUGGUGGAAACACCUCUUUCCUUGUAUUUCCGGGACUGCUUUUCGUCGUCAGACCUUGAUGAUCUGAACAUUGAGAUUAUCCGUAACAAAUUAUACAAGGCAUACCUGGAAGAUUUUGCUAAUUUCUGCCAGUCUAUUGGUGGCCCCACUGCAGAGAGCAUGGGCGAACUUCUUGCUUUCGAGGCGGACCGCCGUACGAUCAAUAUAACCAUCAACUCGUUUGGUACACUCCUGAGCAAAACAGAACGUGCGCGCCUGUUCCCAAACAUGGGAAAGCUGUUUCCCGGCGGUAACAACGCGCUUGCCAAAGCCGAUGAGCUCGAUCAGGUCAAGGGCAUUGUUGAGUCUGUGCCUGAAUAUCGCCGUCUUUUCGAUGACAACAGCAUCGCAGGCAUUGGAUCGGCUGAUAUUACCUUUGAGACGAUCGAAGAUAAAAUGUUUGAGUACGAGGUUGAGCUCAAUCGACAGCUCACCAUGACACAGUUCCAGUACGGUAUCUUCUAUUCGUGGCUCAAGCUCAAAGAGCAAGAAAUUCGCUCAAUAUGUUGGAUUUCAGAAUGUAUUGCCCAGAAUGCUAGGGAUCGCAUCCAUGACUUUGUGCCCCCUGUGUAG